AUGGCGAAGCAAGUCUUCAAGCUGGACAUUGAGUGCCGCGAGGAUGGGCGCAGUAACCGCAUCAGGGUGCCCAUCGGUGGCGACCAACCGGUGCGACGGCUACUGGAGAUCGUCCGAGAGCGAAGCAACAUGAGCUUGACGACAUUGUACACGCUCCGUGAUGGCCACAAGGCCUUGCUGGAUCCCGACGACACCUUGUACUUGGUGUUGGAUGCAGGGGAAAACAGGCUGAGAGCAGAGGCCACCCCGGCCAAGGCUUCGGCGCCGCCGCCAUUGAGAUCUCGAUCGAGAUCGCCUGCUCGGCGGAAGCGCAGCGAGAAGGCGCGCUUGCACGAACAGCGUGGCCCCCGGCGCAGUGCGAAUUCGCAACGAGACAAGGUUCUUGUGGUGAAGCAGGCGUUUGAUUCCCGUCGAAGGUCGGCGCUGCUGAGCGUUCGGCCAGGCGAUGUUCUGGAGCUUGGAAUGUUACGCGACAGAGGAUGGUUGGCUUGUCGUCAACUACGAGGGCAGCGUGACGUGGGCUGGGUUCCAGAAUGGGUGUUUUGCGCCCCGCGAGAGGUAUGCAAUCAGGAGGAAGACUUGUCCGACGAGAGAGAGGAGCCGCCUGCGGAUCCAGGUGCCAAGGGCUGCAUCAAGAGAAUCAAGGCAAUCACAGGCCAGUAUGUGGACAGGGUGGAGUUUCAGCUGCGCAGUGGCAUUCACCAAGUGUAUGGUGAAAGCACUGGAGGAUGCAGCAGUGAGUGCUUCGCUGUAGAGAAGGACGAGGCCGUAGUGGAGGUGACUCAGAUACCGACGCGAAAGUAUUUGGCCCAGAUGCUAGAGUUCAAGACAAGCAAAGGCCGCAUUUUUUCUACGAAGGGCUAUGGAGGGCCGGGAAAAGAACCACAAAGAAUUGUCUUCGCAGCCCCUGAGGGCAGGCAGAUUUGUGGCCUUGUUUUUGAAGGCGUGAAGCUCUCGGCCGUGUGCCAUCAGAAGUGCUCCAAGACGGGCUCCCGGAAGCAUCCACAGAAGCUGGUGGAAAAUUUCAUGGCGGGCUUCAAUGCCUAUCAGUAA